AUGGAGACCCUUCUACUGACUCUGCUUGGACUGCAGACAGUGAUGGGAAUGGGACACUGGUGUGAACACACGGUGGAGGAGAGGGUGGAGCGGGUUCUUUCCCCGCGUCUGCAGCUUGAAGUGAGCUGCUCAGAGGUGUAUCAGUUCAACACCCAGGGCUGGAGACUAGAUGUGGACAGGAUGCGCGGCAAGCAUGGAGGUGACGAUGGCAUCGCACUGUACUACAAACAACAGGGUCCAAAGGCAUCCUGUUUCGUGUACAAACUCCCAGAGAUUCAGAACCUGAUGGUAAACAAAACAGUGAAGGCCUGCUGUGAGGGCUGGGGCGGACCACGCUGCUCUGAGGGUGUGGGUGCACGUGGCCAGUGCUUCUCCACGUGGAGUUGUGAUGCGUUCCCUGGUGUUCAUAACGCCUCUCUCAUGCCGAUGGAGCAGUGCUGCAGCAGCCUAUGGGGGCUCAGCUGGAGGAAUGCGUCCGACCAGACCUGCUUGUCAUGCACCUACACACUUCUUCCUGACUCCCAGUCCUCCCCUAUGGUCCGUGGUGGUCUGCUGGGGAGCGUCAGGGUGCCUCUGAGCUCGGCCACCUGCAUGUCCUGGGGUGGAGCCCACUACCGCACUUUUGACAGGAAGCACUUCCACUUCCAGGGCAGCUGCACCUACCUCAUGGCCGCGUCUACUGAUGGCACCUGGGCAGUCUACAUCAGUACAGCCUGUGACGGCAGAGGACACUGCAGUAAGGCUCUGAGGAUGAUGAUGGGUCUGGAUUUGGUUUCAAUUCAUCACAAGAACUUAACGCUGAACAACCUUCCUGUUGCAAAUGGAGAGCCACUCUUCCAAAAUGGAGUGAGUGUUCAUUGGCUGGGAGACUUUGUGUUUGUGGAGAGCGGCCUGGGAGUGAGAGUAAAGUUUGACCUGACCAACACGGUGUAUCUGACAGUGACCGCCGAGCACCUGGCCGCCACCAGGGGGCUCUGUGGAGUCUACAACAACAACGCUGACGAUGAUUUCACCACAAUGGGUGGAACUGUGUCCCAGUACGCCGCCAGCUUCGGCAACUCCUGGAAAGUUCCUGACCAGCAGAAUGAAGAUUGCAGUGAUGCGGCAGAGCUUGGCCACAGCUGUGAUGUCUCAGGAGACCCUGCCCUACGCAGGCGGGCAGAGUCAGUGUGUCACCAACUGCUGGAAACCCCCUUCACACACUGCCAUCCCCGGUUGGACCCAGAAGCGUACACAGACACCUGUCUCUACCUGUACUGUAGCCUGCCACCCAAAGAGAGGGAUUCAGCAGUGUGUGACACCCUGGCCAGCUAUGCCAGAGAGUGUGCUCAGCAACAUGUCAUCAUUAUCUGGAGAACAGCAACUCUAUGUGGUCGUGUCUGUCCCAGAGGUCAGGUGUUUUCAGACUGUGUGUCCUCCUGUCCCCCCAGCUGUGUGUCUCCCCAGCCCCCCGGGCCUGCAGCCAUGGGUCAGUGCAGAGAGGAGUGUGUGGGGGGCUGUGAGUGUCCACCGGGACUCUACCUUCACCAGGGACUCUGUCUGAAAAGGGACGAUUGUCCUUGUUUCCAUCGCAGACGCACCUACCAGUCAGGGGAUAAGAUACAGCAGAGAUGCAACACUUGUGUCUGCACAGCAGGUCAGUGGCAGUGUACUGGGGAGAAGUGCUCAGCCCAGUGCACCCUGAUGGGGGGGCUACAGGUGACCACCUUUGACAAAAAGCGGUAUUCACUACAGGGAGGAGACUGUCCCUUCACUGCUGUGGAGGACUUUGUUGACAGGAAGCUGGUAGUGACUGUGCGCUGUGGGGAGUGUGCAGCCGGAGGUGGUUUCGGUUGUCUAAAGGAGAUGUCCGUCACAGCACUGCGCACCACAGUCAUGAUCACAGACACUGGCACAGUGACAUUGAAUGGCCAGAGGGAGCCGUUGCCUGUGGUAACGGGGGACCUGGUUGUGCGAAGGGCCUCCUCUUCAUUUCUCCUCAUCCAGGCUUUUGGAGCCCAGCUGCUCUGGCACCUAGAUGGACCUUUGGCCAUCAUUACCCUACAACCUGGCUUCGCAAAUAAGGUGCGCGGCCUAUGUGGAACGCUGACCUGGAACCAGCAUGAUGACUUCACCACCCCAGAGGGAGAUGUGGAGAACAGUGUGUCAUUGUUUGUGAGCAAAUUCACGACAGAGCACUGCGCUAUACCCAAAGGAGCUCCACCUGACCCCUGCACCACAUACACCCAGAGGAGACCGUACGCAGAGACAGUGUGCUCCGUCAUACACAGCCCCGUCUUUCAGGUGUGUCACGACGUGGUGGAACGGGAGCCUUAUUUCCGUCUCUGUCUGUUGGAGGUUUGUGGUUGCGUUCCACAGAGGGCCUGUCACUGCACCAUCCUCACUGCCUACACCCGACACUGCGCCCAGGAGGGCGUCACCGUCCAGUGGCGAAAUCACACUUUCUGCCCUGUCCAGUGUUCGGGGGGGCAGGUGUACCAGGAAUGUGGCCGUGCCUGUGGGGGCUGCUGUUCAGACAGCUGGAGCUGCGAUGCCAGUGGGGGUGAGAUGAGUCUUAAGAUGUGUGUUCCUGGUUGCCAGUGCCCACCGGGACUAAUGCAGGAUCACCAGGGCCAGUGUGUGCCCAUCACCAUGUGCCCCUGUGUGCAAGGAGACAAGACAUACCGGCCUGGGGCGAUAAUACAGAACAGCUGUAAUACCUGUGUGUGUGAGCAGGGGCAGUUUAACUGCACCCAGGAGCGCUGUGAGGAGGUGAACCAGUGUCCAGGCUCUCUGGUCUACUCUCCACGCUCCUGCCUCCUCACCUGCUCCAGCCUGGACCCUCCUGGCCAGCAGCAGGGGUCCAGUGUCGCAUUGACGGGCUGCAGAGAGCCCCUCUCUGGCUGCGUCUGUCCCCAGGGAACUGUGCUACUAGGUGAUAAGUGUGUUCAGCCAGAUGAGUGCCCAUGUCACCAUAAUGGUCAACUUUAUUACAGCAACGACACCAUCACCAAAGAUUGCAACACUUGUGUGUGUAAGGAACGCCGCUGGCACUGCAGCCAGUCCGUCUGUGCCGGUGUGUGUGUGGCAACUGGUGACCCACACUAUGUGACAUUUGAUGGCCGCUGUUACUCCUUCCUGGGUGACUGCCAGUACGUGCUGGCGAGGGAGACCAGCGGUUUGUUCAGUGUGAUUGCAGAGAAUGUGCCAUGCGGCAGCACCGGGGUCACCUGCACAAAGUCAGUCACACUCAGCCUGGGAAAUACUGUCAUACAUCUUCUGAGAGGUAAAGCUGUGACAGUAAAUGGGAUGCCAGUUAGUCUACCAAAGUCUUAUAGUGGCAGUGGUCUGACUUUGGAAAGAGUUGGCCUGUUUGUCUCCCUCUCCUCCCGACUGGGGGUCACUCUGCUAUGGGAUGGAGGUAUGCGUGUGUAUGUGCGCCUGGCCGCCCACCUGCGGGGUCAGGUCAGUGGCCUGUGUGGUAACUUUGAUGGGGACACAGAGAAUGACUUUACUACGCGUCAGGGCAUCGUGGAGUCUACAGCCGAGCUGUUUGGUAACUCGUGGAAGGUCAGCCCCUCCUGCCCUGACGUCGCAGACCAGGACCUCAGAGACCCUUGUGCUCUGAACCCCCACAGGGUGACCUGGGCCAGGAAAAGGUGUGCAGUCCUAACUCAGGAGCUCUUCUCUAGGUGCCACCCUGAGGUGCCUUUCCAGCAGUAUUAUGACUGGUGUGUCUUUGAUGCUUGUGGCUGUGACUCAGGAGGGGACUGUGAGUGUCUCUGUACAGCCAUUUCUGCCUAUGCUGAAGAGUGCAAUCGUAAAGGGGUCUACAUCCGCUGGAGGUCCCAGGAGCUCUGUCCUCUGCAGUGUGACAAUGGGAUGGUGUAUGAUCCCUGUGGUCCAGCCUGCUCUUCCUCAUGUCCCACUGUUCAGCGGAGUCCUCACUCCCAGUGUGGCUCUCUCUCCUGUGUGGAGGGGUGCUUCUGCCCUGCUGGCACGGUCCGACAUGGGGACAGCUGUGUAGUUCCUGUUCAAUGUCCAUGUGAGUGGGAGGGCUCCAUGUUUCCACCUGGAACUACCGUCACUCAACACUGUCAGAACUGUACCUGUGAGGCUGGUGUGUGGCAGUGUAAGGGUGUGGCUUGCCCUCCUGUUCGUCCCCCCUGUCUGGAGUCAGAGUUUACCUGUGCUGGGGGGCGCUGCAUCCCCUCCCAGUGGGUGUGUGACAACGAGAAUGACUGUGGUGAUGGAUCGGAUGAGAUCUGCCUGUCCACCUGCGCUCCAGAACAAUUCCGCUGCACCAGCACGCCAAGUGGACCCUGUUUGAACCAGGCUCUGCGAUGUGAUGGCCGCACAGACUGUGCUGACCAAUCAGAUGAGGAGUUCUGCGGACCCGCCACCACCAUGCCCCUGUGCCCACCGGGGGAGUUUCAGUGUGCAAAUGGAAAGUGCCUUCCAGCCAGCCGUGUGUGUGAUGGACGGCUGGACUGUGGUUUCGCUGAUGGGUCUGAUGAACAAGACUGUGGUGUGGUGUGUGAUGAGGGGGAGUUCCUGUGUGCUGGAGGACGUUGCAUUCUCUACCUCCAUCGAUGUGACGGACACGAUGACUGUGGGGACCUCAGUGAUGAGAGGGGGUGUGUGUGUGCACCGGGGGAGUUUCAGUGCCCUGGGGACCAGUGUGUCCCUGCAAACAGAGUGUGUGACGGACACACAGACUGCCCCUCUGGAACCGACGAAGCUGUCUGUCCAAGUAAAGUGACCUGUGCUCCUGACCAGUUUGCCUGCAGUGACGGUACAUGUGUCACCACCACUAAGCUGUGUGAUGGAACAACAGACUGUCCAGGUGGAGAGGAUGAGAACAGAACCAACUGCCACACUGCAACACCGUCACCCUCCCCUGUCACCAUGCCAACUUCAGCUUGUAGGUCCUAUGAGUUCAGCUGUGCCACUGGUGGGCAGUGUGUGCCUCAGGCCUGGCGCUGUGAUGGGGAAACAGACUGUAUGGAUGGCAGUGAUGAGCAGCAGUGUACUACACCCUGUGGCCCUGGCCAGGUGCCCUGUCUGAGUGGGGACCAGUGUGUGGACUACCAGCAGCUCUGUGACGGGACCCCGAACUGCAGGGAUGCCUCAGAUGAGAGUAUUGACAGCUGUGGCUCUACUCGGAUCCCUCCCUGUCCAGGCAGCUUUCUAUGUGACAACCGGACCUGUGUGAACAUGUCGCAAGUGUGCAACGGAGUUCCAGACUGUCCACGGGGCGAAGAUGAGUUGGUGUGUGAUAAAACUGUCUCACCAGUGAGAGAGAAUACCACUCUCACCUGUCCUGAAUUCACCUGUAUGGAUGGAUCCUGUGUCCCCUUCAACAUGGUGUGUAAUGGUGUGACAGACUGCCCUGAUUCCACAUUGGCUCCACUUGGAGGCCCCACUGAUGAGCAGGGCUGCAGAAGCUGGAGCUCCUGGGGUCCGUGGAGCCCCUGCACCACCUCCUGUGGGACAGGGUCCAUGAGCCGGCAGAGAACCUGUCCUGAAGGAGACCCACUGCGCCAGUGUCGGGGGCAGGACCUCCAGAUGCAGCAAUGCUUCAACACCACCUGCCCUGUGGAUGGUCGGUGGUUGCCGUGGGGGAGCUGGUCUAACUGUUCCAGCUGUGGUGGAGUGCAGGUCCGACACAGAGGCUGCGUAUCUCCUCGCUACAGAGGCAGAGACUGUUCCCAGCUCCCUGGAUUCAACCUACCCAUGGAAAUCAAGCCUUGUCCUGAUGAUGGCUGUGCAAACACCAGCUGUCCCACUGGGCUGGUGAGACACAGCUGUGCCCCUUGCCCAGUGUCCUGUGCACACAUCAGCAGUGGGACCACCUGUGAUUCAAUAGCACCCUGCUCCCCUGGUUGUUGGUGUCCAGAUGGCCAGGUGAUGAGCCAUAAGCAACAGUGUGUGUUACCAGAGGAGUGUGUGUGUGAAGUGGCAGGUGUGCGCUACUGGCCGGGCCAGCAGAUAAAAUUGGACUGUGAGAUCUGUGUUUGUGAGAGGGGAAGGCCCCAAAGAUGCCAGUCUAACCAAGACUGUUCCGUGCACUGUGGCUGGUCCUCCUGGUCUGAGUGGGGGGAGUGUUUGGGGCCCUGUGGGGUUCAGAGUGUCCAGUGGUCGUUCCGCAGCCCAAACAACCCCAUCAAGCAUGGAGACGGGAGAACGUGUAGAGGAAUUUACCGGAAAGCCCGCCGGUGCCAGACAGACCCCUGUGAUGAUUGUGAGUACCAGGGUCAGUCUCACGCUGUGGGAGACAGAUGGAGGUCAGACCCCUGCCAGUUAUGUCACUGUCUACCCAACCUCACAGUGCAGUGUUCCCCCUACUGUCCUCACGCUGUCAGUGGAUGUCCACAGGGCCAGGAUCUGGUGCCUGGAGAGGGAGACAGGUGUUGCUACUGCCAAGGAGGAAAUGAGACCAUCACUGUGACAAUAAGUCCAGUCACUGUGACCUCCAAGCCAGCAGAGGGCACUACACCUCUGGUUCCAACAUAUCCACUUCCUCCUGGAGAUGAGUGUUGGUCUCCUCUGGGUGUUCAGACCCUCCCAGCCUCCAGUUUCAGAGCCUCGUCACAGCAGACUGGGCACCCGCCUGAGGCAGGCCGCCUCCAUUGGCGGGACCCCCAUACAGACCUUCAGGGCUGGAGUCCAGAACCAGAGGAGUAUAAGGACCUACCACAGCGGAGGCCUGAGGGACACGCCAGCACCACACAGAGCCCGUACCUACAGAUAGACCUGCUGAAAUCAUACAACAUCACCGGUGUGCUUACCCAGGGUGGUGGUGUAUUUGGCACAUUUGUCUCCAGCUUCUACCUCCAGUUUAGCCAGGACAGCAGACGGUGGUACACUUACAAAGAGCUUGUUACUGAUGCCCGUCCCAGAGCCAAGGUUUUCCAUGGAAACCAUGAUGACGGCGGGGUGGCAGAGAGCCGGCUGGACAGGAUGGUGUCGGCUCAGUUUGUCCGGUUGCUGCCACACGACUUCCAGAACGGCAUCUACCUUCGCCUUGAGAUCAUGGGCUGUGGAGAUAUCACCCCAGCAGGUGGCUGCAGAAAAAAAGAGUUCCAGUGUAAAAACGGUCGCUGUGUGCCAGCAGGUCCACUGGGAGUGGUGUGUGAUGGAGUCAAUGACUGUGGGGAUGGAUCAGAUGAGCUAUACUGUGGUACGCAGCCAUCCCCCACCCCUAUCAGUCCACGCAGCUGUCCUGCCGGUCAGUUCUCCUGCCCACCACCAGGGGGCUGCAUCGAGGCAAAGCAGCGUUGUGAUGGGAUCCCCAACUGUCCCAAAGGAGAGGAUGAAACUGGCUGCCACUACUAUGAAAACAUCACCACCCAGUCAGACAGACCACACACACCCACCCCAGCUCCUCUCAGGACUCCAUCCAAAGCUUUUGUUACUCAUCCUGCAGUAACACCAACGGAUGGUGUCCCAGGAUAUCGUGGCAUCUGCUCCUCUUCCCUUGGCCUGGAGGAUGGGAGGAUUCGAUAUGGUCAGCUGUCCUCAUCCUCCUAUCGGGAAAACAACCCUGCUGAUGCUGGACGACUUAACAUUGUCCCUAAUGUUCAGGUUAUGGAGCCUGGAUGGAGCCCCUUACCUACAGAUCCCAAGCCAUAUUUUCAAGUGGACUUCCUGGAGCCCAUGUGGGUAUCAGGGGUGGUGACCCAGGGCAGUGAACGCAUGUGGGGUUACCUCACCAAAUACCGCCUGGCCUUCGCCCUGCACAGCAGCCUCUUCACAGACUAUACUGAGGAUGGGCAGCCGGGUGGUCCUGAUAAGGUGUUUGAGGUGCGGAUGGUGGGCAGGACCCCCGUGACCCGCUGGCUUGGGCGGCUGGUCAGAGCUCGCUACCUGCGCAUCAUCCCUGUGGAGUUCAGACACACCUUCUACCUGCGGGCGGAGAUCCUCGGCUGCAGAGGAGAUGAGCUGGUGACCCCCAGUAGGGUGACCACAUCCCCCUCUGGUGGUGGGAGAGUGACGGUGCAGCGCUGUAAGCCAGGCCUGUUUGCCUGCCAGCACAGUGAAGAGUGCGUCCCUGUCUCUGUGCUCUGCGAUGGUAGACCGGACUGCAAAGACAGCUCUGACGAGAUCAACUGUGGCACGGCUCCAACCAAAGGCUCUCCAGGGUUGCAAAACCAGACCAGCUCCUCAGGGGGACCAGGUUUCCAUGGUGACAGUACAACAGGUGCCCCAGGCCUCCAUACCACCAGGUCCCAAGGUGGCAUUCCUGGUGUUGAAAGCCCUGGGGUCACAACAACUCCAAGUACAGGGGUCACGACAGGUCACCCUGGACUGCAUCUCACCACAAGCUCUUCUGGAAAACCUGGGUUGCAAACCACAACAACCUCAUGGAACGUUACAACCCCCGAUGAUGAUGGUAAACCCAGGGUGCUUUGCGUUGAAGGCCAGUUUGUGUGCCGGUCCUUUGGCUGUGUCGACUCGGCACAGGUGUGUGACGGCAGACGGGACUGUUUGGACGGGUCGGAUGAAGAACGCUGUGGCACAACAGCCAGACCUGCAGUGACCACACGGGCCCCCCAAGUGCCGAGCCCCUGCUCACACAAACAAUUCUCUUGCAAGAGUGGGGAAUGUGUUCACCUGGACCGCAGAUGUGACCUGCAGAAGGACUGUGUGGAUGGAUCAGAUGAGAAAGACUGUGUGGGCUGCAUCAUGUCCCCGUGGACAGCAUGGAGUGUGUGCAGUGUGUCCUGUGGUCUGGGCUCCUUGUUCAGGCAGAGGGACAUUCUGAGGGAGGCUCUGCCAGGAGGGGCCUGUGGUGGAGCUCAGUUUGAUAGUCGAGCCUGUUUCCCUCGAGCAUGUCCAGUUGAUGGUCACUGGGCAGAGUGGAGCGAGUGGUCCGAGUGUGACGCUCAGUGUGGAGGGGGUGUCAGGCAGAGGAACAGAAGCUGCUCCGAUCCUCCUCCGAAGAACGGUGGGCGGGACUGUGGGGGCAUGACCCUGCAGAGCCAGAGCUGCAACAGCCAGCCCUGCACCAAAGACAUCGGAACACAGACAGGCUGUGUGGAGGGGAUGGUGCUGGUGACAGAGGCUGACUGCCAGGCUGGACGGGUGGAGCCCUGUCCUCCUACCUGCUCACAUCUCAGCUCGUCCAGCAACUGCACUGCAGCAUGUGUACCUGGGUGUCGCUGUCCUAAUGAUCAGUACCUUCAGGGUGGGCGUUGUGUGAAUUCCAGCCAAUGUGUGUGUCUGUGGCACGGUCACACACUCCAGCCAGGACAGACCGUCAACAGGGACCAGUGCACCACAUGCGUGUGCAUAGACGGACAAGUAACCUGUGACAGUUCCCUCUGUGUGGCGGCCUGUCAUUGGUCAGCCUGGUCGUCGUGGUCACCGUGUGAUGUAACCUGUGGUCUGGGACUCCAGCAACGCUACAGGUCUCCAGUGAACCCAGCUGGAGCAGUCAGAGUCGAACCGUGUCCCGGAGACUCCUCUGAGGUCCGCCGCUGCUCCCCGCCCUGCCGUCCUGUGUUACCAGAUGGAGUCUGGAGUAAAUGGACCAGCUGGUCAGAGUGCAGUAAGACAUGUUUCAACCAUGUAGAUGAUGUCGGAAUCAGACGGCGAUUCCGCAGCUGCAACCACACACUCACACACUUCAACAAUACACACGCUGACUCUGCCUGCGAUGGAGACAGCGAGGAGCCAGAGCCUUGUAACACUGUACACUGUCCAGUGAACGGCGGCUGGUCAGCAUGGGCAUUGUGGUCUCAGUGUUCAUCAGAGUGUGACUCUGGCGUCCAAACGAGACAGAGAUUCUGCACUUCACCCUCACCACAGCAUGGGGGCAGCAGCUGCCCGGGGCCACACAUUCAGACAGGAGACUGCAACUCACACCCCUGCUCAGGUGUGUGUCCAGAGGGCAUGGUGAACAUGACGUCAGCAGAGUGUGAGGCUCACGGCGGUGCGUGUCCACGGGUGUGUUUGGACAUGACCCCCGCAGAGGUGGAGUGUGCCACCGCCUGUUACGACGGCUGCUACUGUGCCCCGGGCUUCUACUUGCUCAACGGCAGCUGUGUGCCCCUGGCCCACUGCCCCUGCUACCACCAGGGGGGGACAUACCCAGCCGGGAUCACCCUGCUUGUAGAUGCCUGCAAUAACUGUACCUGCACGAAUGGAGAAAUGGUGUGCGGAGCAGCUUCCUGUCCUGUGGACUGUGGCUGGAGCGACUGGACCCAGUGGAGCGCUUGCAGUCGAACAUGUGAUGUCGGGGUGAGAAGGCGUUACCGUUCGGGAACCAAUCCUCCUGCAGCUUUCGGGGGUCGUCCUUGCAGAGGAGACAGAGUCGGAAUUGAUACCUGCAGCCUUGAACCAUGCUUCGGUGUGAAGGAGCCAUGGAGUGGGUGGUCGACGUGCUCAGUGACGUGUGGAGGAGGGUACAGGGCCCGGACCCGCGGGCCUAUCCGGAUCCACGGCACCUCUCAGCAGUUCAGCGCAUGUAACCUGCAGGCCUGUGGAGAGGGCAGGGUGUGUUCUCCAGGCCAGCAGUGGAAGCAGUGUGUGAAGGGAGCAGUGUCUUGUACAGACCUCGCAAUGGACCUCGGCAGGAACUGCACACCAGGCUGCCAGUGUCCACACGGCACUGUCCAACAGGAUGGUGUGUGUGUUGGGGAGUCUAAAUGUCGCUGUGACUUGGAUGGAGAACAGUACCAUCCAGGAGAAACUGUGCCAUCAGACUGCAACAACUGUACUUGUGAAGCAGGGAGGCUGGUAAACUGCUCUCAAGUCAGAUGCAAUGUGGAUGGUCAGUGGUCAUCCUGGACCCCCUGGGGUCGGUGUUCGGUGUCGUGCGGAGCAGGUCUUCAGUCUCGCUACCGCUUCUGUUCCAGCCCCCAGCGCUCGGGCAGUGGUCUGCCAUGUCUGGGUUCUCACAGAGAGGACCAAGUCUGCUUCGCUGCUUCAUGUGACCGGGAUGGUGGGUGGGGUCGGUGGAGUAACUGGACGGAUUGUACCAAGUCAUGCGGUGGAGGGGUUCAAAGCCGGAGGAGAGAGUGUGACAGUCCCCGUCCUGAGGGGGAGGGGAACUACUGCGAGGGACUGGGGUCUGAAGUCAUAGCCUGUAACACUAACCACUGUCCAGUGGCGCCAUGCUCUAAGGUCCCAGGCACAGCGUUCAGUAGCUGUGGCCCCUCCUGCCCUCGCUCCUGUGAUGACCUGGCUCACUGUGAGUGGCAAUGUGAGCCUGGGUGCUACUGUACAGAGGGAAAGAUCCUGUCUGCUAACGGUACAGUGUGUGUGGAGCGGGAAGACUGUCCCUGCUUAGACCUCAGCACUGGACACAGGCUGGAACCAGGGGAGACCACUGAAGCCCCUGAUGGGUGUAACAACUGCACCUGUCAGGGUGGUUGGCUCAACUGCACCAGAUACCCCUGUCCAGUGUCAGGCGGCUGGUGUGAGUGGUCAGAGUGGACUCCGUGCUCAAGGACCUGUGGGGCGGAGUCUGUGUCCCGCUACAGGAGCUGCAGCUGUCCUGAGCCCAACGCUGGAGGAGUGGUCUGCUCUGGAGAACAGGAAAUACACAACGGGGUCGGAGUUCAAAUCCGGAGGCAGCCAUGCCCUGUCAUCACCUUCUGCCCAGUCCACGGCUCGUGGAGCCCCUGGUCACCCUGGUCAGAGUGUGAUGGAUGCGCCGGGUCGUCCGCUCGCACCAGGGACUGCAACAGUCCUCCCGCCAAGUUCGGUGGGCUGCCCUGUCUUGGGGAGAGCAGGCAGAGACGUGGUUGCUAUGACAACACUACCAUCUGCUCUGACUGUGGUGGAGGUCAGGAAGAAUGGCCUUGUGGGAAGCCCUGUCCCCGCUCUUGUUCAGAUCUCCAUAGCGACACAGAGUGCUUGGACUCACCUGGGUGCACACAGACUUGCGGAUGUCCGGGUGACAUGCUCCUGCAGGAUGGAGUGUGUGUAGCCCGGGCGGAGUGUCGCUGCAAAUACCACAACAGCUCAGAUACAGGGAUGACAUUCAGCGGGCUAUAUUCCAGUAAUGCAUCAUGGGAAUGGCCUGGUGGAUCUGGUUGGCAGUUUGCAGAACCAGGAGAUAGCAUCAUCAGUGACUGCAAAAACUGUUCAUGCGAGUCUGGGGUGAUGCAGUGUCAAUCAGUCCCUGGCUGCUAUGUUGAUGGUGGCUGGAGCCAAUGGGGGGCCUGGACUGAGUGCUCGCUGUCAUGUGGAGGGGGGGUCAAGUUCAGGAGACGCCAGUGUAAUAACCCCUCCCCUCAGAGCAGUGGGAGGGGCUGCCUGGGAGUCGCUGAACAGCAGAAAGACUGCAACAUACACAUCUGCACAGACUCGGUGGGCCCGUGGCUGCCCUGGUCUCGGUGGUCUGCGUGUUCGGUCAGCUGUGGUGGAGGACAGCAGGCUCGCUCUCGCCUCUGCAGCUCUCCCCCCUGCAGCGGGCUCAGGCGCCAGAGCAAGACCUGCAACACCCAGGUUUGCCUCGAAGUGGGCUGCCCCCCUGGCAGGUUGUACAGAGAGUGUGAACGAGGGGAAGGCUGUCCGUUCAGCUGCGCUCAUGUCAGCGGCAGGGAGGGAUGCUACUCCGAUGGCUGUGAGGAAGGCUGCCACUGCCCCCACCAGAGGUACCAACACCACGGUCUCUGCCUGCAGGAGUGUCCCUGUCUGGUGGACAAGGACUUCCUGGCCUCUCUGGAGAGUGUUUCUAUCACACCUGUCUCCUCUCUGCUCCUCCAUAACGUCACUGAGGGAGGGGAACUUCAGCCUGGAGACACACUGGUCCAUGACUGCAGCACUUGCGGCUGUGAACAUGGCAGGUGGAACUGUUCCUUGGAGCAUUGCCCAGUUGACGGCCGCCUGUCCCCCUGGGGCCCCUGGAGCCCCUGCUCACUGUCCUGUGGAGGUCUGGGACUGAAGACCCGCUCCAAGAGCUGCACCCAGCCUGCCCCAGCCCAUGGAGGGAGGGACUGCCAGGGGCCACGCCAGGAAACCACCUACUGCCAGGCCCCUGACUGCCCAGUUGUUGUUGGUCCGACUGAAGAACCGGUUUUACCAGAUGAGGAUGCUGGCUUCUCUCCGUGGUCAGUAUGGAGUCCCUGCACUAAGACCUGCACUGAUGCCCUCAGCCCGGCCAUGAAGACCCGUCACAGACAAUGUAUCAGACCCCCCUGCUCUGGAAGCUCUCACCAAGAGAAGGCCUGUAACCUGCCCCAGUGCUCAGAUGGAGACGAGGUAUGUGAGGGGACGGACUGUGCGGGGAGGAACUGUUCUUGGAAGGAUUGGGGGGAGUGGAGCUCCUGUUCUCGGUCCUGCGGGGUGGGUCAGCAGCAGAGGAUCCGAACCUUCCUCAGCCCCCGCUCCAACGGCUCCUGGUGUGAAGACAUCCUGGGGGGGAACCUGGAGCAUCGCUUCUGUAACAUCAAGCCCUGCAGAGUUGAUGGAGGUUGGUCUCGCUGGAGUCCAUGGUCCCGCUGUGAUAAGCGUUGCGGGGGGGGGCGCUCCAUACGCACCCGCUCCUGCUCCAGCCCUCCGCCCAAGAACGGGGGGAAGAAGUGUGAAGGAGAGAAGAACCAGGUCAAACCCUGCAACACCAAACCAUGCGAUGAGAAAGGAUGCCCGCCAGGCCAGGAGUUUGUGUCGUGUGCCAACCAGUGUCCACAGCGCUGCUCAGACCUCCAGCAGGGCAUCGAGUGCCAGGGCAACACCGACUGUCAGCCCGGCUGCCGCUGCCCUAAAGGCCAGCUGCAGCAGGACGGGGUGUGUGUGCAGCUCUGGCAGUGUGACUGUACGGACUCACUGGGACAGAUCUGGGCAGCCGGCAGCGUGCAUCAGGUGGACUGUAACAACUGCAGCUGCUCUGACGGACAGCUCUUCUGCACCAAUCACAGCUGCCAGGCCUCCUGCACCUGGAGCUCCUGGUCCAGUUGGGCAUUGUGCAGCGUUUCCUGUGGGCAGGGCCAGAGAACCAGAUACAGGUCUCUGGUCCCAGAAACCGAAGGAGCAGAUUGCCAGUUUGAGGAAGUCCAGCAUAAAUCCUGCGACCCCGGACCUUGCCCGCCUCUCUGUCUCCAUGACGACAAGGAGCUUUCAGUGGGAGACAGUUGGCUGCAGGGCGAGUGUAAACAAUGCACAUGCACCCCAGAGGGAGAUUACUGCCAAGACAUUGACUGCAGAGUGGACGGUGGUUGGACCCCGUGGUCAGUGUGGUCUGACUGCUCAGUGACCUGUGGACGAGGCACCCAGGUUCACACCCGCGCCUGCAUCAACCCCCCCCCACGGAACAACGGGUCUCACUGCAGCGGGCCGGAAAGAGAAACCCAGGACUGUCACACUCCUCCCUGUCUGGAUGAUCUCUGCCCCUGGUCGCCAUGGUCACCAUGUUCCCGGAGCUGUGGCGCAGGUUCGGUGUUGCGGCGCAGGGUGUGUGUGUGUGAGGAGGGAGGAGAUGCAGCGUGUCCCUCUGAGAUCGAGGCUGAGAGGAACAGAGAGGAAACCCAGCUGUGUUACAAACGGCCCUGUCCAGACUGUCCCAUGUCGGGGUGGAGUGUUUGGUCUCCGUGCUCCUGUCAGUCUCAGAGGCAGCAGCGCUACCGUGUAGCCCUCUCCCCGGCCACCAGGGGGCAACAGUGCACUCCUGUUGAAACCCAGAGCAGGACGUGCAGUCUCAGUCAGUGUGGAGAUUGUGAAGCCCCAUUUGAGUACUCCGCCUGUGGUGCUCCCUGUGAGAAGCAGUGUGUGCUGCAGGGCCGUGGAGAUCUCUGUUCAGGAGUCAGGCAGUGUACACCUGGCUGCUACUGCCCACAGGGCCUGCUGCAGCAGAAUGGUACCUGUGUUCCUCCAGAGGAGUGUGGCUGCAUCCACCUGCAGCACCAAGCCUCCGGACCACCCCCCACACCUGUCACCCUCCCCCAGGGGGCCAUGGUCACCAUAGGCUGCAGUACUUGCCUCUGCCAUGAUGGAGCUUUGCAGUGUGACACGAGAGAGUGUGAAGUCAUCCUCAGCGAGUGGUCAGAGUGGACUCCCUGCUCUCCCUGUGUGCCCUCGUCCUCCCUGACUGGAGUCAUAAGUAGCAGUAAAAUUGUCUCAAUCCAGAGGCGUUUCCGGGCCUGUUUGGACCUAGAAUCAGGUCUUCCGGUCCCUAGAGAGGAGGAGGAGGAGAGCAAAUGCCCACGACCGCUGGAGGAGGAGAGGCUCUGUCCAGACGCCAACAUCUGCAACGAUCUGUGUCAGUGGAGUGUCUGGAGCGCCUGGACAGCGUGUGCGGAGCCCUGCAGCGGGGGAGUCAGGCAGCGCUUCAGACGGCCCCUGGCCUCUCCUCCAGGACCCCUCUGUAAGAGCCAACAGACCCAGAGCCAGAGCUGCAACACAGGACUCUGCCCAGGUGAGCGCUGUGAGGACAGGGGGCGGACCUACGAGGAGAGCUGUGCCAAUCAAUGUCCUCGCAGCUGCACUGACUUAUGGGAGCAUGUGCAGUGUCUCCAAGGAACCUGCCAUCCAGGUUGCCGUUGUCAAGAGGGACAGUUGUUGCAGGAUGGCCAUUGUGUGCCAGUGACAAAGUGUCGCUGUGGUAUCCCAUCAGGCAACGGGACGCUGGAGUUCCGCCCUAAAGAGGAGCUUUCCAUGGACUGUAACACCUGUGUGUGUGAGAAUGGUACUCUGGUGUGUACUAAGCUCCAGUGCCCGGUUUAUGAGCCCUGGAGCCCAUGGAGCUCGUGCUCAGCUUCCUGUGGGCGGGGCCAGAUGACCAGGACACGCCUUUGCCAGGACACAGAGGGCGGUCCCUCCUGUGGGAACACCAUGCAGACGGAGAGCUGUGAUCUGCCAUCAUGUCCAGUGGGAUGUUUGUUGGGCGAGUGGUCAUCCUGGAGUGAGUGCAGCACCUCUUGUGGUGGGGGGUUGUCAUCACGGAACAAGACGGUUCUCAGAGAGCCGGAGCCUGGUGGGACGGCCUGUGUGGGACCACUAGAACAGCACACUGCCUGUAACACCAACAGCUGCCGGCCUGAGUGUCCUCGAGGGCAGGUGUUCAGUGACUGUUCAGGCUCCUGUCCUUACACCUGUGAAGACUUGUGGCCACACACUCAGUGUUUAACCGGACCCUGCUCUCCUGGGUGCAAGUGCCCCCCCGGACAGGUGCUGCAUGAAGGCUCCUGUGUGUCCCAGGCUGAAUGUCCCUGUUCACUGCUGUCCCUGCCGACUGCUUACCAGCGCUGGAAUAUGAGCACUGAGGAGAUCACAGACACUCUGCUGCCAGCUGGAACAGCCUUUCAGCACCUCUGCAACAUAUGUGUGUGUCAAAGAGGAGUUUUCAACUGUUCCUCUGAGAUCUGUGAUGUGGACUGUGAGUGGUCCAGCUGGUCCCCGUGGACUCCGUGCUCAGAAAGCUGUGGUACGGGACAACAGAGCUCCAACAGAACCAUCCUGCAGCCCAGCCUGUAUGGAGGGGCCCCAUGUGAGGGCCCCGACCGCCGCACAACCACCUGCAUUGCCCCUGACUGUGCGUGUCCUGACGGGGAGCGUUGGAAGAGGAGUGAGUCGGAGGAGGUCCUGCUGUGUGAGAGGAGCUGCGAGGACAUUUACUCUUCCUCUCCGGUGAACUGCAGCCACUCCACCGAGGGCUGCGUGUGUGAGGACGGACUCUACAGAAACUCUGAGGGUGUGUGUGUCAUCCCCGCCCUCUGCCCCUGCCAUGACCAGGGCAUCAUGCGAGAGGCAGGAUCAGAGUGGGACGAAGGCUGUCUGUCGUGUCACUGUGUGAACGGGAAACAAGUGUGCCAGUUAAGAUGUCCGCCACUCUACUGUGAAGAGGGGGAGGUGAAGGUGGAGGAGCCAGGCAGCUGCUGUCCAGUGUGUAGAAAGCAGUUUCCAGACGAGCCCGUGCCAGAGUGUCGUCGCUACGUGCAGGUCAGGAACAUCACUAAGGGAGACUGUCGGCUUGACAACGUGGAGGUCAGCUUCUGCAGGGGACGCUGUCUGUCCAGGACUGAUGUUAUCCUGGAGGAGCCCUACCUCCAGUCGGUGUGUGAGUGCUGCAGUUACCGUCUGGACCCUGAGACCCCGGUGCGUUUCCUCAGCCUGCAGUGUGAGAGCGGAGAGAGCGAGCCCGUGGUCCUGCCCGUCAUCCACAGCUGCGAGUGCACCAGCUGCCAAGGAGGUGACCUGUCCAGACGCUGAGUGUGUUGAGUGUGUCUGUGAGAGUGUGAGUGUGUGUGUAUGCUCAAGAAAGAGCGAGAGCAGGACAAGUACAAAUGCCACGCCAAGUGAGAGCGGUUUGCCGGGUGAUGGACGCAUCAUUUUGGGGCGGGACACAGCGAUGGAUGAGAGGAAACAUGGAGACCCGCUGAUGUUCACACUGUUCUGUAGUCCUGAGUCAUCAAAUGACUGGAUGCUACUGCUGACCAUAGAGUUCCUGUUCCUGUUUAUUCUUCUACUUGUACAGCCUUUUUCUACUGUAUAUUUAUAGUAAUAUUAAUGGACCUAUGAUACAAUCCAAGUAAGAACUAUUAUGCAAAAAAUAAGUUUAAUUUGUAUGUAUAAAUAAGAUGUACCAGCGGUCAGCAGCAGUUACUGAUACAUCAAUAAAACAUUUCUACACAUGGAGAA